ACUGAGUUUUCCAUGCAGAGAUCCUGGGCCGAGUUUUAGGUCUUCUCGGUGAUCACAUUGUUUCUCCGUGUGGAGUCGGAGGUGCGUGGGAUCGAGCGGGCCCUGGCUCCGGGUGGUUGGCCUCGCCUCCCCCGCCCCGGUGUGCGGUGGUUCACUCCGCGCACUUCCCCGUUUGGGGCAAUUCUGCCCGGCGCGCAGAAGUCGGGUGCGGGGCGCGGGGUGGGCGCGGCCGCCCCUGUCCCUGACCCGGCCCGCGACCGCCGACCUCCCGCACGCCCCGCCCUCGGCUCGCUGGGCCACCAGGCUCCGUGCCGCGCCCCAAGGUCGGUCUCCUCGUUCUCUCUCUGGCUGGCCGCCGGGCGGGCGGGCAGGCGCCGGAGUCCCCGCGGGGCUGCGACUUGGCAGGCGGGUACUGAGGGCCCGGCUGCGUCCUCCCCGCCAUGUCCUCGGCCAGCGACGCCAGCGGCCGCUUCCCUCUGCACCUCCUGGUCUGGAACAACGACUACCGGCAGCUGGAGAAGGAGCUGCGGGGCCAGAAUGUGGAGGCUCUGGAUCCACGAGGUCGAACCUUGUUGCAUCUUGCUGUGUCUUUGGGGCAUUUGGAAUCUGCUAGAGUCUUGCUCCGACACAAAGCAGAUGUUACAAAAGAAAAUCGUGAGGGAUGGACAGUUUUACAUGAGGCUGUGAGCACUGGUGAUCCUGAGAUGGUGUACACUGUUCUUCAACAUCGGGACUUCCGCAACGCAUCCAUGGCCCUCGAAGGAGUUCCUGAGCUACUCCAGAAAAUUCUCGAGGCUCCGGAUUUCUAUGUGCAGAUGAAAUGGGAAUUCACCAGCUGGGUGCCCUUGGUUUCCAGAAUAUGCCCAAAUGAUGUCUGUCGUAUUUGGAAAAGUGGUGCCAAACUGCGUGUUGAUGUCACAUUGCUGGGAUUUGAGAACAUGAGCUGGAUAAGAGGGAGGCGUAGUUUUAUAUUCAAGGGAGAAGACACCUGGGCGGAGUUGAUGGAAGUCAACCAUGAUGACAGAGUGGUCACCACAGAACACUUUGACCUUUCCCAAGAAAUGGAGCGCCUCACUCUGGACUUGAUGAAGCCAAAAGGCAGGGAUAUUGAGAGGCGGCUCACAAGCCCAGUCAUUAACACCAGCCUUGAUACUAAAAAUAUUGCUUUUGAAAGAACUAAAUCCGGAUUCUGGGGCUGGAGGACAGAUAAAGCAGAAGUUGUUAAUGGUUACGAAGCAAAGGUUUACACAGUAAACAAUGUGAGUGUGAUAACCAAAAUACGGACAGAACAUCUGACCGAGGAAGAGAAAAAGAGAUACAAAGCGGACAGGAACCCACUGGAAUCUUUGCUGGGAACUGUGGAACACCAGUUUGGUGCUCAAGGGGACCUCGCCACAGAAUGUGCCACCGCCAACAACCCCACAGCCAUCACGCCUGAUGAGUACUUUAAUGAAGAGUUUGAUCUGAAAGACAGGGACAUCGGAAGGCCAAAGGAGCUGACGAUUAGAACACAAAAGUUUAAAGCAACGCUGUGGAUGUGUGAGGAGUUUCCCCUCUCUCUCGUGGAACAGGUCAUUCCCAUCAUUGACCUAAUGGCCCCAACUAGUGCUCAUUUUGCAAGACUGAGAGAUUUCAUCAAACUGGAAUUCCCACCUGGAUUUCCCAUCAAAAUAGGUAUCGUUGAAUAAACCACAGGAGCACUUGUAGGUUCUGAUCAUUUUUGUGGGUGGCAGAAUGUGCUUCAGGAAAUUUGAGCACUUGAGGCAAAAGUGGCAUGCAGUACAUGUGAAGGAGGUCACAAUCAUCCUCAAGCUUAAUUUGAUUUAAAGAGGUGUCGUGAUUCUUGGCUCAUUUUGCGUAUCCAAAAUAGACUUUCUAACCAUUAGUUCUAUUUACAGAUGGUGCUGACACCUG